AUGGGUCACGCAUGGGUCCAUUGUGCUAUCAGUAAUGCGCUAUUUCAGCGAGAGGAAGCGGAACGACCAGAUGCAGUUCAUACAUGUCCGAUUUGCUACGACAACGCCCUUUUCCCUACGCUUACUAACUGUGGACAUAUAUUCUGCUGUGAAUGUAUAAUGGGAUAUUGGAGACACUCUUCAUCUUUAGUAUCUCCUGUUAAAUGCGCUAUUUGUCGAACUGAGGUAACAGUGCUGCUUCCCCUAAAUUGGCCUGUUGAUGAAGAGAACAAUCGACUUCGGGAAAACAAUAUUGGUUUGAAUGACUACAACAGAAGGUUUUCUGGAGAUAGGCCUUGGCUGGAAUAUUUAUGGGAUGUGCCGGUGCUGAUUCCCUACAUUGUGCGGAGUCUCUUCGAUCUCAACGGCCUUAUGAUUAUGUUCAGAUUGCGAGUACUCUUUAUUGCAAUCGGCAUAUUCACGUAUGUUUUAUCCCCUUUCGACAUAAUCCCAGAGUCAGCUUAUGGCGUAAUCGGCUUGAUAGACGACUUGUUCGUAGCCGUCCUGUUGCUUGUUUACAUUGCCAUUGCUGUUCGACAUGUCAUGGCUCGCAGAGGAGAAGCACCAGCUGAAUAG